AUGGAGGAAGCGAAGAACAUGGCGUUGCUGUUCUUCAUGGAUCAUCUGAUGCAGAAGAAUGGCCGACGAACGAUUCACGAUUUGAGCUGUCAGUUCGGUGCUCGCGGUUUCUCAGAAGAGAUGCGAAAUGCGGUUGGCACCACUCAAGAGGGCCUUACCGAGUUUCUUCAGCAGCACCCAUCCCUCUUUACUCUAGAGGGAGAUCAGGUGAUUCUGAAUGGCUUUGGAGACAUCACCGCGAAAAAUAAUCCACUUCUACAAUCGGCAUCAAGAAAUCGGGACUACGAGAAAGAAGCCGUGGAGUUUUUCGUGAUGAAGCUCACGAAGUUUGGACCCGAGCUACAGAUCAAAUCGUUGUUGGGGCAUCGUUCACAGGCUGCUCCGGAGGUCCGACUGGUCUCUGGUCGUCAUUUGAAGGAGUUCUGUGAGUUCUUGCAGUCGCAAACUGAAUACUUCGUCGUAGAGGGCGAUCGCGUACGUCUGAAGAAUAUGCCUGAACCGGACGACAAUGCCAUUGAAUUGGACGACGAAGGCAAGCCACUAGCAGGGGUAAAAGCGAAGCAAGCAGCCGUGGAAUACCUGAAGAGUGUUCUUGAACAGAACGAAGAUCAGCCGAUCCCUCUGGACGUGUUCUAUCAACGAUUUUGUCAGCGAUUUUCACAUUCUAUUCGUCAAGACGUUGCAACAAAUCCAAAGGAGCUGCUGCAAUUUCUUAAACUCAACCGCGGAUUGUUCUUCAUCAGAAGUAACAAGGUAACCCUAGUCAAGAAUCGUCCAUCAGAGGAUGGAAGUGAGAAUGGCUCGGAUGAAGGUGAUCUGGAAAGUAACAACAACAGCGUGUUCCCUCUGGACCAAAAUGCUCUGGCGCGUAUUCACUUUGUGAAAGCCUUGAAACCUGCUCAGGAGCUUGUAGAGCGGCUGUUACAAGAUAUCCACAAUCAGGAACGUAAAGUCGUUGGACUCGACUUCAAGACAGUCACUGUGGGCAUCGAUGGCGAGCUCUUCCUUUCCCUAUGUGUGGUCGCAACCCAAUCGCAGAUUGGUGUAUUCGAUCUCGCCUCAAGCGAUGUAAUCAUCAUGGAAAGUGGUCUCAGGGAUAUUCUCGAAAGCGACAAGAUCACAAAGGUGAUUCACGACGCCAGGCGUGUCGGAUCUCUCCUUGCACACAAGUACGCUGUACAUAUGGUUAAUGUCUUUGAUACACAAGUAGCGCAUUCCGUCCUGCAGCACGAAAAGUUCGGCAAACCGCUCCAUGAUCUUCGUUCCAUAUCCUUUGUCAACCUCCAGCGAGUAUAUUAUCCACAGUCAAUAAUGCUCAGUGAUGUUACGCCACGGAAACUCAGUCAAUCACCCAAUUGGGGAAUACGUCCGAUGAGCGACGAGCUGCUAUUGUCAUCCGUCGAAGAAGCACACUGUUUAUUAUCCGCACUUCACCAGACACUCUCAAAUCUCAUUCCCGUUCAUUUGCGGGGACUAUUCGAAGACAAGUGCAUUGAGGUACUAUUAGCCAGUCCUACUCGUCCGCCACCCCUCUCAUUCAAUCCCGGAAGUCCAUAUCGCAUUUCUACGCGUGGUGGCGGUCGUGCUCAAGCCGUUUCAUAUUCACAAUCCGGAUACGGAGAUCGCUCAGCUCCUGUAGCAUACGUCCCCCCAAACUCAGCUCGUCGUAUGGCCGACGCGUGUACGCAGACUUUCUCAACGGGCGACAUUCAAGUGCUCAACGUUUUUUACGAGUGA